GGGGCAAACUAUGUGCUUGUUCACUUGUUCUUCUUUGGAUCUUACUUACAUCAUGGUCGUAUUUCAAAUUUCUGCAAAUUCCGUUUCCAUGCGUUUGUAAAGUGUAAAGCGGGAUUGACUAUUGUUGGAAUAAUCAAUAUGCUGUUCCAAUUCAUGGGGCAAUCCAUUCAGUUUAGAUUGGUGGAAGUAAGCGAAAAAGAAAAAUCUGAAUUAAGCCAACUUAUAAAAGCCAACGGAGGAGUCGUAUCGGAAAACUCUUUGAUAAAAUUUACUAGCAGAAAUGCUCACAUAGAAGACGGAGAUCUAUAUCUUGUGGAUUUCAUAUACGAUUGCGUAAAGCAGAACAAGAUCUUGGACAUUACAAAAUAUAAGUAUGGAACUAAGGGGAUUGGAUGUCCGAUGAGCCAGUUAUUGACAGGAAGCGCAUCCUGCAUGGCGUUCACCAACAUGGAUGCUACGUUUUGUCCUUCACAUCAAUCCACAUUAUUGGAUAACAGCGUCAGAAUACGAAAACUUGUUGACGAUCAAGUCAGAAUACAAAAUGAGCAUGAUUAUGGUGAUAAUAUUAUGAGAGAGAUACGUCCCUCUUACAUCCAAUAUGAAGAAAUAGUGCUGCCGACAACAGAUACCGAAGGCUCCAUACCAGACUCAAUGUAUUAUCCUGACGAAUCUCAUUCACAAAACAGUUGUCUGCGGGCAGAUAGUAAUGUUGAAAAUCAAGAAACGUUAGGGGGCGAACUGGUUACUGAUGUUCCAUCACCGGCGAGAUUCGAAGAGAAAAGUUACGACGGCGCUUCAAAUGAGGUGAAUCCUGAAAAUGGAAGAGAUAUCGAAAAUAUUCAUUCCCAGGAUGAUUCCGACCCGAUCAGGAGACUUGGCCGAACAAGAAUAGAAGAUAUUCUCAGAAGAGAUAAUUUUCGAUUGACUUCUUCCGACAGUGACGAAACAAUUGAGAAUGCCUCAUCAUGGAUUGAAUGCAGGCGAAAAAAAUCGUACAAGCCGAGUAGUAAUGAUGAUACGGCAUGGUCAUCGUCACAAGACGAAAAAGCAACUAAUGUCAAAAGUCGGAAAAAAGAUAUCAGACAACAGCCAAGCUGCUCCAACUGGACAGGAACUAAAAAAUUUGCAUCCAAGAAUAAACCUUCAAUACAAGAAAGACUGACAAGAAAAAGUGAGAAUGAAAUAAUUAUCGCAACUGACAGUGAUUCUGAUGUGUCAGAGGUGGGUCCCAAUCGUCUUCCAAAUCCUACCAAUAAAGUCCGUCAAUGUAAUAGAAUAUUACAAUCGACAGCAAAACGACAUCGUCCUAUACACAGAAAUUUUGAUAACUGGGAACAGCAAGAGAUGGUAAAUUACCUAAUCAAAAACAGCUGUAUCAGUGAAGCACGUGGAAAUAGAGUAUGGAAGCAGAUGAUCGAUGAAGGGCUGCUGAAGCACAGAACUGUUCACUCCCUCAACAAUCACUUUCGGAGAUACAUCCUGCCAAAUAUUCAUCUAUAUAGAAUGAGUAAAGAUAGUCGAGAAGAGUUCGACCUUCUUAAACAAUAGGUUUCAUUGUAUCAAAUAAAAAGAGCUAUUAUUUUUCUA